UUCCAAGACGGGGUAGGUGAAGAAGAAGAACCAUCAGGCCCUAGCUCCUGCAUCACUCACGUCCCUGCUACCUAGAUCAGGGAGGACUCCGGGAGUUGCUACUUCGGAUUCUGGCCCCGCGUCCUCCGCCCGAGGCUCGGCCCUCCGCCCGGCGCAGCGCUCUCCGCCCGCCGCCCCUUCGGCGUGGUCCGCGCCUAAGGCCACGCCCCCCGCCGCCGCGCAGGUCCCCAAAUCCAGCUCCCGGGCCCCGGCGUCUCCAGGCUUCCCGGUCGCCGCUUCUGCGCCUGGCUCAGUCUCCAGCGACCCCUCCCUCCUUCCUCCAUGGCGUCGCUGCUGUGCUGUGGGCCGAAGCUGGCCGCCUGUGGCAUCGUCCUCAGCGCCUGGGGAGUGAUCAUGUUGAUAAUGCUCGGGAUAUUUUUCAAUGUCCACUCCGCUGUGUUAAUUGAGGACGUUCCCUUCACGGAGAAAGAUUUUGAGAACGGCCCUCAGAACAUAUACAGCCUGUACGAGCAAGUCAGCUACAACUGCUUCAUCGCCGCGGGCCUCUACCUCCUCCUCGGAGGCUUCUCCUUCUGCCAAGUUCGGCUCAAUAAGCGGAAGGAAUACAUGGUGCGCUAGAGCGCAGCCCGGCUCUCCCUCCCCAGCCCACUUCUCUAUUUAAGGACCCCUCAGCCCGUCUGUCCCCCCCAUCUGGCGUCCUCCCGGACCGGGUUACCCCUGGCAAGACCGCAUCCCUGGCCCUGCGAACCCCGGAGGGGCCCGGUGCCGACCGCGCCCUAUCAUCCUGAACCACAAUAAAAAGCUGCGGUUCUCCUGA